CCAUAUCUUUAAGUUUGUUUUUAAAAUCUGCAGCGAGGCGAGCAGGUCUCGCGUAUCAUCUGAAGCCUGCAGUUCGCGUGUGCAUGUGUGAAUGUGUAUGCGCGCUCGCGCCAAGGGAGCACGUUCAGUACGUCUGGCACACAGGACAGCGGCACUCAUGGGUCCUCAAAGAAACACGGUGGCGAUUUCCAUCGCCGUUUAGCACCACUGAAGGUGCAACAUUUAUUCCGGGCACGCGCCCGACAGCGGACUGUCCUGAAGCCCUCAGGAAUCUCGCGCUCUAGUAGAGUGACAGAGAUAGUAGCGCGCGCUCGGCACGGACCGCAGUGGAAUGUAGCGGGGAUUCCCGGUGCGCGCGGGGCAAGAGCUGUCAAUCGUUCAUCAAAGCCCCAAGAAAACACCUGAGUGGGUGGAGCAUGGCCAGUGGGAGUGGCUGCCAUUACUAUGCCUGAAGGCACGUGGCAAUGGUGUCCAUGGAAACAGAUGGCAGCUUUACUGAGGGUCACGGUCUGUCCCUCCUACAGGCAGAAGAUAGCGUGGGGGCCGGACUCGCUCAGCAGGAAGGGGCGUGGCUUGGUUUCCGGGCUACAGUGAGUGCUGUGUUGCUGUUGGAGCUGCUCCUGGGGGUGGGCGGUAACCUGACGGUGUUGGUGUUGUACUGCGGUCAAUGCAGCCUGUUGGAGUCCGUCAGUCAUGCGGUCACCCUAAGUCUCCAUACCCUUGACUUGCUGCUCUGUCUUCUUUGCCUGCCAAUUACUGCCACUCUUCUCAUACUGGGCGGAGCCUCGGUUCCUCACCACGCUUUGCUCUGCUGCCUCCACGAAUCAGCAGCCUGCUUUGCCAGCGUGGGCACCGCACUUAACCUGUUGCUCAUCAGCUUGGAUCGCUAUGACAUCAGCGUUAGGCCAGCCAAUCGUUUGCUGACGCCGAGGAGGGCAACCUUUUUGCUCGUCGUAGUGUGGGUGGUUUCUUUAGCCGUGCCCCUCCUACCGUUUGUGGAGGCGGGGUUUGUGUCGGACCAAGGGGAGGGAGUGUUUGUGCAAUCCAAUAGCACCGUGCUUUGUUCGGAGUGGGGUGGAGCUCUGCAGGCUCAUCUGUUACUACAGGUACCAGUGUUCCUGUGCUCUCUAGCUGUGAUGCUGUUUACAUACUCGCGUAUUCUGCAGGCGCUGCGCAUUCGCAUCGGACGCACGGCCAGGCCCCAUCGAGACACCAAACGGCCUGCUCAUCGACUUUGGUUACGUCGCAAACAGUCAGCGAGGUCGCCAGAUCACACGACGAGGAACACGCCCACCUCCCCGCCACCACUCUCUACUGGGCCGCUUAUCGCAUCGGAUACAGUUACUACGGUAACUGUCAACACUGAGACAAAUACUCCAUCACUUACUACCCCUCUUAGCCCCACCCCUACCGUAUCUGUGAUAACAUCACCAUUAAGUCCCACACCCACUGCUUCUGUGGCCUCCUUGUCGGUUGUAACUAGUCCCAACAUCCCCUCUCCUGCCACGCCCUCUGUGACCACACCUUUAAGCCCCACACCCACUGUGUCCACAGUAACUGCACGGGUGAGUCCCGCCCCAACUCAAGGCCCGCCUAGUAUGGGUGUGGGUGCUUCUGUAUCAGCCAUCUUAGCUCUGCGUCGAGCAGUUCGGCGCCACAGAGACCGAAGGGAACGUCAAAGGCGAGUCUUUCGCAUGUCUGUCAUAAUCAUCCUCUCUUUUCUUCUAUGCUGGGCACCUCUCUCCAUCAUGCCCCUCCUUAUGCUGGCUAUCGGGCCCUCUGAUUGGCUAGAACGUCUGAGACUCUGCUUCCUGGUGCUUGCGUAUUGGACGGUAGUGCUACAUCCACUGCUAUACGCCUUCACUCGGCAAAAACUGCGUAAAGUUUUGCAUACCCGCCUGCGCAGGCUUCGUCCACAUAACGGGCAGACUCGUAUUCGUACCAAUACCAGGAUUCGACGCAAACACAGGACGAAUUGCAGCGAUGCUACGGACCGUUGCCUGACAGAGGCUGUGAGAGAAUAAUGGUUUGUGUUUGUGCAUCAUUGACUUAUGGCUGUAGGUAUGAGUGAUGUGUGUGUGCAGGAAAUGGGUGUAUAAACCAUUGUAACUAGGGAUGCACUGAUAUAAAAUUGAUGUGCCGAUACCGAUAGAUAGCGAUAGUUUUGCUUUUGUUUCAAAGUAUUAGGAUCAUGAAAUCCUAGAACUGCAGAACGUACAAACUGCAAAUCUGUUGUCAUUGUCACCCAAUUCAAAAUAUUCACACAGCACAAGUUCUGAUUGACAGGGUAUAGACGGUUUAAGCAGUAACAACAUAAGCAAAUGGCUUUUGUGGAAAAAACGUAACUUUUGGUAAACUCUGCA